AUGAGCGGUGAUAUCACUGGAGAAAUUAAUUACUUUAGUCAUACGACAGAUGGUUCUCCUCCAUGGACGGAUGCAAAUCCUAAAUUGGGCUAUAACAUCACAAAUCAUGCACUAGCACCAACUCGCGUUACCAUUCAUGAUUUGCGCGGUAGAGAGAAUACUGUCGAUCUCGACACUAAUGGUUUUGAAAUACUCAAACAUGAUGGCCUCAUAAAUGAAGUAUUUAAUGACAAUAGUGAAAUGCAACAAUGUUUCUAUGAAGAGAUUGCUACUGUGCUCAAAAAACGUCUGAAUGCUUCUCGUGUAAUCAUCUUCAACCAUAUAACUCGUUUUCGUGGACCAUACCUUCCGGCCGAUCAGUGUGAUGGGACUCACAAGAAUCCUAUCUUUACUCCGCACGUCGAUCAUGAUCCGCCUGCAGCUCGCUUCAAAGUGAAACGAAUACUUGGUGAAGAAGAAGCUAACAGAGUGAUGCAAAAUCGUUUUCAAAUUAUUAAUAUUUGGCGACCAUUGGGUCCCAAUCCUAUCGUUAAUGCUCCUUUGACCAUCUGUGAUUAUCGUUCGUUAGAUCCUCACAACGAUGUUCAUGCAGGAGUUGUUUACAGAUCAGCGAAUGAUGUUACUAUUUCGAAUUACUCGAUCUCGCGCAACAGUCCAGAUGCUCACAAGUGGUACUAUUUGAGCCAGAUGCGAUCAGAUGAAAUGUUUGUCUUCAAAAUAUUUGAUAGCAAGUCCGACGUUGCUCAAUUUGCUCCUCAUACAGGUUUCAAGAACGAAAAUGUACCUUCAAUGAAUGUUGAACAAAUUAGUAUUGAAUUGCGUGCUCUUGUCCUUUAUGAUCUAAACAGUUCAUUUUGA